AUGGCACCAUAUUGGGGCCUACGAGGCUCAAAGCUUCAUUUUGCCAUCUGGGUAGAAGCUUGCUUUUGUGUCAUGACGUUUGGUUAUAAUCAAUCGGCUGCCGGUGGUGUUCUUUCAGAUUCGACAUUUAAUCUUCAGUUCCCGCGAAUGAAUACGAUUUCCACGACAGGGUCCUUGCAGAAGGAGAAUUCCAGGAUCCAAGGCACGGUCGUCGCGCUAUACACCCUGUUUGGAGUUUUUGGAGCAUUAGGCUGCACCUUCCUUGGCGACAUUUUGGGUCGUCGAAAAACAAUAUUUCUUGCCAGUGUGGUUCAAGGCGUCGGAGCCAUAAUCCAAUGCUCGUCAUUCGCUUUCGCACAAUUCAUCGUCGGGCGGAUUGUGUUGGGCUUUGGCACUGGGGGCAUCAUUGCGACGGUCUCGGUGUGGCAAUCAGAAGUUUCAAAGGCAGAGAACCGUGGUGAGCAUGUCUCUGCAUUUGGGAUUUUCUGCGGAUCUGGCAUCGCUUUGGCACUGUGGGUUGCUUUCGGCAUGUCUUAUACUCAGCCGAGCUCUGUGUCAUGGCGCUUCCCUCUGGCAUUUACCCUUUUUCUCUCUUUUCUUGUCUGUAUAUCGAUUUUCUCACUACCCGAAAGUCCUCGUUGGCUAUGCAAACAGGAUCGCUGGGAAGAGGCUCGCGAUACUCUGGGACUACUGUAUGAUGAAGACCAAAGCGGCAACACUGUGAACAAGGAAAUAGAAGACAUACGGAUCUCAUUGGAUCGAGCGAACAAAGGCCGCCUGGGUGCUAUGUUUAAGAUGGGUCCUCAGAGAGUGUUUCAUCGGGUGGUAAUUGCCGCCGUGGCUCAGAUUUUCCUGCAAAUGACGGGAGUUAACUCGAUCACUUAUUAUGCCCCGACUAUUUACGAGCAACAGCUUCAUUUCGGUCACACUGAUUCAGGACUUUUGGCUGCAUCGUCGCAGCUUGUCUUGAUUAUAGGAGCAUUCUGCUGUGCGUGGACGGUGGAUCGCUUUGGACGCAGGAAACUCAUGAUGUUCAGCGCUGCCAGCAUGUCUGUGUGCUUUGCCUUGAUUGCUGGCCUCACAUCGCAGCCUGACAAUCCUGCUGCUUUGAAGGCAGCAGUGGUUUUUCUUUAUCUCUACUUUUUUGUCUAUGUCCUUGGCUUCCUCGGAAUUCCCUUCCUCUAUGCGAGUGAGAUCGCACCAACUCAUCUUCGGGCCGCAACGUGUGGACUGUCGACUGCAAUUUCCUGGCUGUUCAACUUCUUGGUUGCCGAGGUCACACCCUCGGCUUUCGAUGAUAUUGGCUGGAAGUACUUUAUUGUCUACUGCUGUCUCAAUGCGUCGUUCGUUCCAGUCAUCUAUUUCUUCUUUCCCGAGACGGCAAAGCGCUCGCUUGAAGAAAUUGACGAGAUUUUUGAAGCCUCGACGAGUAUCUUCGACACGGUUUCAGUCGCCCAAAAGCUACCAAGGAGACAUCUUGCCGAGUUUUUAAGAGAAGAAAAGGCGACUGAAGUGGCCCAUAUUGAGGCUUGA